AUGAAUACUUCAGUUGCUCCGGUGAAAGAAGUUAAAGAUCAAACAGUAGAAGAGUUAAGUGUUAAAGUAGUAGAGUGUGUUUAUACAGAGCCAGUUCCUCCUUUCGGAAUGGAUUAUAAAAGAUAUUCUUCUGUUACCAUGCUGUUUCGUGUUACAGCUUUAGUUCAGCGUUUUAUCAAAAAACUAAAAAGGAUAGAAUGCGAAAAUGAUCACUUAAUCAAUGAAGAACUUCAAGAAGCUGAAACAAGAUGGAUAAAAUUUGUUCAACGAAAACACUACAUGAAAGACUUUGUUGCAGUAGAAAGUAAAAGGCCAAGUGCGUUACAGAAACAGUUAGGCUUAUACAUUGAUGAUAAGGGAGUUAUGCGUUGUAUUGGACGACUCGAUAACUCCGAUUUACUGCAAGGAGCUAGACGACCAAUACUACUACCCAAGUCCGAUAGAUUGACGGAGCUCAUAAUAGAAAAAGCACAUAAAGAAUGCAUGCAUUUUGGCGUUUCUCAUACAUUGGCUAAAACUCGUCAGAAGUACUGGAUUACGCAUGGAAGAUCUAUUGUUAAAUCGACAUUACGUAAGUGUGCAAUCUGCAAGAAACACGAAGGUGGUCCAUAUAAAAUGCCUCCUAUGGCUCCAUUACCACCAUCUCGAGUUCAAGUGUCACCAGCUUUUUCGAGAAUAGGAUUAGAUUAUUUAGGACCUCUAAAUAUCAAAUACAAUGAAGAACUGAAAAAAGUGUGGAUUUGCAUAUUUUCAUGUAUGAUAACAAGAGCAAUUCAUUUGGAAACUGUUCAAGAUAUGACCUCAGAAGAGUUUUUGUUAGCAUUUAAACGUUUUAUUGCUCAACGAGGUACUCCCUGUGAAGUUGUAAGUGACAAUGCUACACAGUUUAAAUUAGCGAGUAAAGUGAUUCAUGAAGCCUGGAAUAAUAUUACCAAGUGUGAAGAUGUACAAUCUUAUGUUUCAUCUUUAGGUAUAAAUUGGCAUUUCAUUGUAGAUUAG